GUUUUCUGCAUUCUAACAGAGAAAAGCAAUCCUCAACGUCUGGUUAUUAUUUAACUCCAUUUCUCUCCCUCCGGAACUGUACCCUGACUUAAACUCAUUUCUUCAUUAAGAGCCAAGCCCAUUUUAAAAAAAAAAAAAAUCCUGUAACAUUGCUCAUCAUCUGCAAUGACACCUCAGAUGUCAUACUUCCACUUGAGAUUGUCUGUUCAACAUCCACCUUGCAGUCAUGUUCCAGACACCCUUUUGUGGCCUCUUUCUCCUGUGGCGGAUUACAUGCGUUGCCAACCAAACAUGUUGCAGUCAAAUCACCAUGAAUUUGUUGUGAAAAAAGUACUUUCACCAGUUUCCUUUAGAAGUUCCUUGAGCCUUCAACCUGUUAGAAGCUUGCAAACUUCCAUGGAUGCAGGGAAAACAUUCAUGUUCUGCAAAACACUACGGUCAAAAGAUAGUAUAAAGUCAAUACAGAUGCAAAAUUUGAGUGAGAAGGCUCAGGUAUAUGGUCAUUAUAGCUCUCACGUAUGCUCUAAUGAUGAAAAUCGCAAGGAAGAGCAAAGGAGGAGGAAGAUAGGUCUGGCAAACAAAGGGAGGGUGCCAUGGAACAAAGGCCGGAAACAUAGUGCAGAGACAUGUUUACGAAUCAAGCAAAGAACAAUAGAAGCCUUGAAAGAUCCCAAGGUUAGGAAGAAGAUGUCUGAACAUCCCCGUACUCAUAGCAAGCAAAGCAAGGCAAGAAUUGGGUCUUCAUUGAGACAUGUUUGGGGCAAACGUUUGAAAUGGAAAUGGUUGGGCGAGAGAUUUUUUCUAUCAUGGUUGGAAAGCAUAGCAGAAGCUGCUAGGAAAGGAGGGACUGACCAACCCGAGCUAGACUGGGAUAGCUAUGACAGGAUAAAACAAGAAAUAGCUCUUGAACAGCUCCAGUGGGCUACAGAGAAGGCCAAGGGAAAGGAGAUGGCCAAGGUAAGAGCAGCAACAGCACAAGCUGAAAAGAUGGCAAGGAUUGCUCAAAAGAGAAAAGAGCAGGAAGAGAAAUUAAAAGCAAGAGAACUGAAGAGAAAGGCACGAGGAAAAUCAAAGAAAGAUGGGGAGGUUGCAGAUAACCAAGGUUUGAAACUUAAGCAGAGAUUAACAAUGAUCCGCAAAAAGAAAUCCAUACAUAGUCAAGUCAGUAUUCAAGGAGACACGGCACAUAUCCCAGCUUUGGAGAUAUUGAAUAUAGAGCUUAUUAAGAAAGAGAAAAUGCAAAAUGAAGUUUCACUUGCAGAGCAGAUCAAAGCAGCCAAAAGUAGAAGAGAAAAAUCAGUUUCCACAAAGCUUAUGGCAGUCUCAUCCUCCAAUCUCUCAUAUAGUGCGAGACUAGAAAAGUAAGCUCCAAAUACAUUUGUUUCUGUACACAAAUCAAUGCAAGGUGCAUCAGGCAAAAGGUGAUUUAUCCUUUUUCAACUCUCUAUUACUUGCUUUCACUGAUAUUGUUUAUUUCAAUGGUUCCAUUAUCACUUUUACUUUAUAGCAAGAGAAAAUAAAUUUUGGACCCAUUCCACUCGGUCACGUCUAAUCCAUGAAGCAAAUUUUAAUUGAAGUGAGCAUUGACUUGCUUUGUUCUUGCCCUGCUUCCUGCUCUUUCUUUAUCCAUAUUUUUCCAGUUAUGUUCAUUAUUCUACUUUCCUGCUAUUGCAACAGGGUAGCUUAGUGAAUGCUUUUAGCUUGGAGGAGCUAUUGCCUUUUCAUCUGAGUAUUAUGUUCAGGCUCAAGCAGGAGGCGAUGCCAUGUUAAAUUUUUUAUUUUGGAUGUUUUGAGAAAUAGAGUUAAAGUGUUUUGCUUCCCCGUGAUUCUGGUAAAACUAGUAUGUAUAUGUAACAACACAAGAUGGAGCCUCUCUAGGUAUUCUUUAAUGCUCUAUUAUUCUUUAACUCUUGUGAACUAUUGCAUCGUUUUCUGGUAAUGCUUGUGUCAACUGGCUUUCAUGGAAGAUUUAAUGAUGUCCUCUA